GUUUCUCUAUACGGCCGUAAAGCGCUGCAAGCGCUUACUAGUCUCUCUUCUCUAUAUGUCCACAUCUAUAAUGCUUAAAUCUGUAAAAUUAAUUUUAAUUCUUUAUCCACAACCAAAAUGUCUCUUUAACUUUAUUUGUCAAUUUAUUUUUUAAAAACCAUUAUUGGAAAAUUGUGUUUAAAGCUAAAAAAGUAUCUGUUAUAUUAUUUUUGGUGUAAUAUGAAGAAGAAGUUUAACCUAUAAAGAUAUCUUGGAGAAUACAUACAGUGAAUUAUCAUAAAACAUUAGCACUUGGUGACAUAUUACUAUCCAUUGAAUGGAAAAAAUAUUGAUAGAGAAACACAAUUUAAUAAAUUUUUCAUAUGAAUUUUCGUCCAAUUUCAUAAUUAUUUGAUUCAAAUAAUGUUACAUCCUUUCUACUAAAAAGUAUCUGAACUUUUCUUAAAAAUUUCUUUUUUUUUUUUUGUUUUUUACAAUUUAAACAAAAUUAUUUUGUCUUUUUUACAAAGUUAUAAAUUUAUAGUAUUUAAUAAAUUUAGUUAACGAAAAUGAAUACUAAACACGUAGAUACUGUUGAAAGUGGAGAGGAUGUAAAUAAUUUUCGCAGUUGUAGAGAUCUUAGUGACAUAAUUCCAUUAUAUUCAGCUAAAGGUCUUUAUUUAAAACCAAUUGCUAAAAUAAAUAUAUCCGUCAAUCUUCCCCAACUAAAGACACCAGGAAAAACACUAUCAACAUGGGAAAUUAUGGAGAAGAUACGACUACUUGUACGUCCCGACGAAUUUGCAUCAUUGAAAGUGACCAAAAGUACAUUAGAAUUUUUGAGAUUGGAAGCCGAUUUAACAGACAAAUGCCGACUUGCACAAGUUAUAGCACGAUUAGAAGGUCAACGCUUAAAUCUCACUGGUUUCGUCAACGUUUUAAAAGUUCGAGCUGUAGAAACCAAGGAUGAUUUUCCAACAAAACAUACCUGGGAUUCAUUUUUUCGAGAUGCGAAACAUAUGAAUGAACUCAAGCCUGGAGAAAGGCCUGAUACCGUUCAUAUCAGUGGACUUCCUAUAAAAUGGUUUAGUGAAAAUGAUGAAAAAAUCCCAAGUGAAUCAAUAAUUAUGAAUAUUUUCAAAAAAUGGGGUAAUGUGAGAAGAAUUGAUAUCCCUGUUGCUGAUCCAUACAGACCAAGGAUGAAAUUAAGUAACGGUAUUCAAAAAUACAACUUUGGUAAUGAAUUAUUUUUCGAUGUUUACAUUCAAUAUUAUGAAUAUGUUGAUUUUGUUAAACUUAUGGAUUCACUUCGAGGAAUGAAAAUUUUGAAAAAGAGUGGCGAUAAAUAUUUUACGACACUAAUAAAGGUUGAUUUUGAUAAAUCAAAACAUAUGAGUGAUAAUUCUGUAUCGUAUCGUGAUUUUGAAAGAAAACGACUGAUUGCACAGGACAAUUUAGCUUCUGAAAAAUUAAGAAAGAAGGAAGAAGCCGAAGCGAAAUUAAAAGAAAAACAAAAAAAAAAAGAAGCAGCUGAUAAAGAAGCAAAAUAUGAACGAAGAAAAAAAAGAGAAGAGAAAAGAAAAAGAAAGGCUUUAACAAAGUUUAGAAAACAGGAAGAAGAUAAGGUUUCUAUGAAAAUUGCAAGAGAAGAACAAAAAUUGAUAAAAGCUCAAAGACAAUUAGAAAGUAUUAGAUUAUUGGAUGAAUUAUUCGAUAGAAUUAAAAUUAAAGUAGAAAAAGGAGAAAUCAUUUUAGGCGAUAAAACUUCAUCUAAUAAAGAUUUUAUAGAACAAAAAUUUGAAAAAGUUAUAAAUAAUAAUGACAAAGUUACAGGAAAAAAAGAUAAAAAAUCGAAGAAAAAAAAAUCAAAAACAGAAAAAAAAAAGAAAGUAUGUAAUUUUUAAAUCAAUCUUUACAAUUUUUCGAAAUUUCAUAUUCUUUGCCAUCUAUAUGUCAAUUUUUUUCAGAAAAAAGGAAAAAAAAAUUCUAAUAAUCCAAGUGAUGAUUCUAGUACUGAAGAAAGUAGUAAAAAAAAUAUAGGUAUUCCAGGAACCAGUACAUCUACUUCUUUCACAGGCACAUCUGGAGUGGGUCCAAAUCUUGGUUUUCCAUUAUAUUCACAAUUUCCUCAACCUUGGUUUUACGAUGCAGCAGCUAUGAUGUUUCCUCCUAUGACACGAGGAAGAAGCUCUAUGAAUCGAUACAUGCGUGGAAGAGGUAGAAUUGCAUUUUCUGGCAGAAGAGGACGUGGAUUACGUUCAGUGAAUCUUUUUAAUCCUCAUGUGUACAAUGAACAAUACUAUAAAUAUUUUGCAAGAUUAGCAGGCGUUGAUACUUAUGAUAGUGAAUAUUCAAGUUCAAGAUCUCGAAGUCGAGAUAGAUCAAAAUCACGAUCAAGAUCGAGAUCAAAAAGUAAUAAAAAAAUUAAAAAACGUAAAAAUGUAAGUAGAAGUCACAGUUCAAGUCCACGUAGAUCAAGAUUGAGAAGACAUAGAAGGACAACUUCAAGAUCUAGUACAAGAUCUCGAUCUCGAUCUCGAUAUGUCAAGUCAAGAAGCUCUAGAUCUCUAUCACAAUCUAGAUCUAGAUCAAGAUCUAGGAGUAAUUCAACAUUAAAAAGCAAUAGAAGAAAACGAAGUCGAUCGAAAGUAAGAAUUACAAGAGCAAAAUCAAGAUCUCUAACUCCUAAAAAACGAUCACGAAGUAAAUCAUGGUCAAUGCCAAAAUCACCACGACAAAGAAAGUGUUCAUGGUCUAAAGUAGUAGAUGAUGUGGAUCAAAAUAUAAAAGAUACAGUUGUAACUAAUAAAUAAGUUAUAUAUUUUUUUUGUAAUUAAUUUUGUAUAUUACAAUAAUUGUGUAAAAUAAAUAUUUCAUAU